AUGGCGCGGAGGGGCGCGGAGGCGGCGCUGGCCCUGCUUCUGGCGGUCGCCUGGCUGGCGCAACCCCUGCGCGGGGGCUACCACGGCGGGGGCAUGUUCGCCGUGCAGACGGCUCAGCCCGACCCUUGCUACGACGAGCACGGGCUGCCCCGCCGCUGCAUCCCCGACUUCGUCAACUCGGCCUUCGGGAAGGAGGUGAAGGUGUCGAGCACCUGCGGGAAGCCGCCGUCACGGUACUGCGUGGUGACGGAGAAGGGUGAGGAGCAGGUCCGUUCCUGCCACCUCUGCAACGCCUCCGACCCCAAGCGCGCCCACCCGCCCUCCUUCCUGACCGACCUCAACAACCCCCACAACCUGACCUGCUGGCAGUCCGACAGCUACGUCCAGUACCCCCAGAAUGUCACGCUCACCCUCUCCCUGGGCAAGAAAUUCGAGGUGACCUACGUCAGCCUUCAGUUCUGCUCUCCUCGCCCCGAGUCCAUGGCCAUCCACAAGUCAAUGGACUACGGCAAGACCUGGGUGCCCUUCCAGUUCUACUCCACGCAGUGCCGCAAGAUGUACAACAAGCCGAGCCGGGCCGCUAUCACCAAGCAGAACGAGCAGGAGGCGGUCUGCACCGACUCGCACACCGACGUGCGGCCCCUCUCCGGCGGCCUCAUCGCCUUCAGCACCCUGGACGGCCGCCCCACCGCCCACGACUUCGACAACUCGCCCGUGCUGCAGGACUGGGUGACGGCCACCGACAUCAGGGUGACCUUCAGCCGCCUCCACACCUUCGGCGACGAGAGCGAGGACGACUCGGAGCUGGCCCGAGAUUCCUACUUCUACGCCGUCUCCGACCUGCAGGUCGGCGGGCGCUGCAAGUGCAACGGCCAUGCAUCGCGAUGCGUCCGCGAUCGCGACGACAGCUUGGUGUGCGACUGCAAGCACAACACGGCCGGCCCUGAGUGCGACCGCUGCAAACCCUUCCACUACGACCGGCCCUGGCAGAGAGCGACGGCCCGGGAGGCCAACGAGUGCGUGGCCUGCAACUGCAACCUGCACGCCCGGCGGUGCCGCUUCAACAUGGAGCUGUACAAGCUGUCGGGGCGCCGGAGCGGCGGCGUCUGCCUCAACUGCCGCCACAACACCGCCGGCAGGCACUGCCACUACUGCAAGGAGGGCUUCUACCGCGACCUCAGCAAGCCCAUCUCCCACCGCAAGGCAUGCAAAGAGUGCGAUUGCCAUCCCGUGGGUGCUGCUGGCCAGACCUGUAACCAAACUACGGGGCAGUGUCCCUGCAAGGACGGCGUCACCGGCAUCACCUGCAACCGCUGCGCUAAGGGCUACCAGCAGAGCCGCUCCCCCAUCGCCCCCUGCAUAAAGAUCCCAGCUGCUCCCCCCACCACUGCUGCCAGCAGCAUGGAGGAGCCUGCAGAUUGUGACUCAUACUGCAAGGCCUCCAAAGGGAAGCUGAAGAUCAACAUGAAGAAGUACUGUAAGAAAGACUAUGGAUCACUCUCUUCCCCUGCCAUGCCAAUGCUCUUGGGAUGA